CGGGGACAGCGAGUGGCCGCUGCUCCCUCCUUCCCGGAAAUGGAUGGACCCGCCUGUUGGCAGGUAAUGAGGAGGCCCAGAUCUACAAACUGGCUGGCUACCAGAAGGACUGAUUUCUAAACUUUUUCUAAAUAUGGAUUGCAGAAGAAUAGGAGGCCAUGGACACACACUCUCUCCAACUUCCUCUAUUAACUGCAUAAAAGCCCUAGCAACUGGAAUUCGAGCACAUAGUAUAUGCAUGGUAUCUGAUUUUUUUUAUCCAAAUAUGGGAGGAGUGGAAAGUCACAUCUACCAGCUGUCACAGUGCCUGAUUGAAAGAGGGCACAAAGUUAUAAUUGUCACCCAUGCUUAUGGAAACCGAAAAGGCAUUCGUUACCUCGCCAGUGGUCUGAAAGUUUAUUAUUUACCUUUGAAGGUCAUGUACAAUCAGUCUACAGCAACAACGCUCUUCCAUAGUCUGCCUCUACUCAGGUACAUAUUUGUGCGGGAGAGAGUCACCAUAGUCCAUUCCCAUAGUUCGUUUUCUUCCAUGGCUCAUGAUGCACUCUUCCAUGCCAAGACAAUGGGACUACAGACAGUUUUUACAGACCAUUCUCUCUUUGGAUUUGCUGAUGUCAGUUCGGUGCUUACAAACAAACUUCUAACUGUGUCACUGUGUGAUACAAACCACAUCAUUUGUGUCUCGUACACUAGCAAGGAAAACACUGUACUACGAGCCGCACUGAAUCCUGAGAUCGUAUCUGUCAUCCCUAAUGCUGUUGAUCCCACCGACUUCACUCCAGACCCAAGUAGGAGGGAUGAUAGUAUGAUAACAGUAGUUGUUGUCAGCAGGCUUGUUUACAGAAAAGGUAUAGAUUUGCUUAGUGGUAUAAUUCCUGAACUUUGUCAGAAAUAUCCAGAUUUACAUUUCUUAGUUGGAGGAGAAGGACCAAAGCGAAUAGUUUUGGAAGAGGUACGGGAAAGAUACCAACUACAUGACAGAGUGCGUCUUUUAGGGGCUUUGGAACACCAGGAUGUUAGAAACGUGUUGGUCCAGGGACACAUUUUUCUCAAUACUUCUCUCACUGAAGCCUUCUGUAUGGCAAUUGUGGAAGCAGCCAGUUGUGGUUUACAGGUUGUGAGUACAAGAGUUGGUGGAAUCCCUGAGGUGCUACCGGAAAAUCUUAUCAUUUUAUGUGAGCCCUCAAUGAAAUCUUUGUGUGAUGGUCUGGAAAAAGCUGUUGCCCAGAUCAGGUCAGGAACACUACCAACCCCAGAAACUAUCCAUAACAAAGUAAAGACAUUCUAUACAUGGAGGAAUGUUGCAAAGAGAACUGAAAAAGUGUAUAACAGAGUUGCAGAUGAAGUGGUAUUACCAAUGGACAAGCGGCUUGACAGACUGAUAUCUCACUGUGGCUCAGUGACUGGGUGUAUUUUUGCUCUUUUUGCUGUAUUAAGCUUCCUUUUCCUGGUGUUUCUGAGAUGGAUGACUCCAGAUUCCCUUAUUGAUGUUGCAGUAGAUGCCACAGGUCCUAGUGGAGCAUGGACUCAACAGUAUUUUUCUAGUAAAAAAGAAAGUGAGAAAGAAGAGAUUUCAAACUGUUAAAAAUGUUUGAAGUGAGGAAGAAGGGCAUUGCUGUCUAAAAGGUUUUAGUAUUUGCUGAUAGUUAGUUCCAUAAAGAGAUACUGUUUUUAAACUCUUAAAAGCUUUCCUAAAUUGUUGGAAAGAAACUUGAUAAAAUGUGCUACCUCAAGUUAGGAUUGUGCUAAUUAGUUUUGGGGAAAGAUUUAAACAUAUGCAGUUUAUGGACAUAAUUCUUUUGCACUUAAAGUAGGGAGGAAAGUGGUAAUAUGUACAGCUCAGGUGUAAAACUACCUUCAGAGAGACAAGAAUACUAGAUUUCAUCUGUUAUUAGUGUAUUAUACAGAGAACGAGCAUGGAUUUUUCAUGGUGUUAUACCAAUAUAAUAAAAACCAGCAGGAUCUUAUUAAGAGGGAUAAGACAAAGAUGCCACAUUUAUUGUAAAUAUAAUAAUAAGGCAAAAGAUAAAAGCAAACAACGUUGUUUUACUACUUAUUCCUAUCACUGCUUAUUCCUUAUACACACACACACAUCAUUCAUUCAGGUUCUGUAUAGGUGUUAUAGUUACCAGCCUAGAAGUUGCUCAUUCCAAGUUACUGGCCAGGUAUCUUGGUCAUGAGGAUGGAGCCAAGUCUGUGUCAGAUGCAUCUGAUGCUCCUGGAGAUUGGCAGCCGAACCAGGGACUCAAAGUCCUCACUUUUUAGAGUCCAUUUUUGUAGGAAUUAAUUCCUAUGUUAGUCUAUGGGAACCGUUUCAUCCUGCUGUUGUUGGCUCAAUUAGCAGAUGGCACAUUCCUGGUGGCUCCACACUGUUUAAAGUGGCACAUUCCUUCCAGGUGUUUGAGGUGGAUCCCAGUUUACCCUCCAGGGGUUGUCUGGUGGUCCACUUGACACAUUCUUCGGCCGAUGGAUCCUUUCCAGGCUGGCACCUCCCUAACCAUUCACGUACAUCAAACAUUCAUCAACAUACAUUCUAUAUCUUAACCAUAUUUUAGUUUACUGUCUCCUCCACUUUUGGAAUGUGUGUUAAUUCCUAUGAGAUUCCUGGCCCUGUAAUCACAGAGGGUGAGGGUCUGUUUGUUUACAUUGUAUCAAUUACAGCUUAAGACUAGCAUAGUGUUUACUUCAAGAACAAAGUCAAUUAACUUGUUUGUAAGUUUUACACAGUAAUAGAGUAUCUUUCACAGGACAGAUACAAUCAGUGUUCUCUGCAGACAGGAGUUUACAAGCCCCAACAGAAGAACAAAAAGACCUCUGCACUUGGUGAAAUUGGGGGGGUCACUGUCACUUGGGGGAAUCACUGUUAGUACCCUCUUUAAUAUCCAUACAGUGGCACCUAGGGUGCAAAAUACAAAAUUAACUAGCUUUAGAUGGUUUUUGCCAACUCCUGAUAUUUGUAUUGAUGUAUUGGAGACCUGUGAAGAAUUGGCAAAAUAAAAAUACCUACGCAAAUCAAUCAAAAACUGAAAAGUGAUAUGUGAAAUCACUUCUGUAAAAACAAGCACAUUACCAUGUAGACUUUCAGCAUUUGAUAUACUGCUAGCCAGCUCUUGUCCUAUCCAGCUGUAUCCCCUAGAUAGACACUUCUGGCUGCACAAAACUAAUUUUGAAAGGGUUCUUCAAUGUUCUGCCUAAAUGUGAUCAGUAUCUCUCUGAUCUAUCAAAACUCCAUUAUAGAAUUUGUUUUGAUAUUUUAGAAAAUGCUAAAUACUGCCUAUUUCACUCUUACAUGUAAAAGUAACAUUUUAUUUUGUUUGUUUUUAAAGUACUCAUGAAAGUGAGGGAAUUAUAUUGUUUUUUAGAAAUCAGCAUAAUGCAAAGACACAAGCUUCCAAGAAUAGCUCAGGUCUGCCAACUUCUCCAGUAGACCGUGCCAAAGUGUAUGGUAACUUCUGUUUGUAUGAGAGAUGUAGAUAAACAUCCACUAAGGGCUAGACAAAAACUACUGGUUUUUUUUCGUUUAUGACAUCAGUUGCAUUUGAAUUCAUCUUCAGAAGAGAAAAUGUUAAAUGUUAUGACACCUAGACUGCACCAAAGAUAUUCUUAAAUGAAUCCAGCAAGUUAAAUCUCUUUCUGGAAAAAGUUAGUGGGUCUGGCCAAUAGAUUUGCAUAUUCCCUGUGAGGUGAGAAAUGUGGUCCCUUGCAGUCAUUGGUUCACUAGCCCUAAUCUAAGUAGUCUACACCUAUAUCAAUCAGAAAACAACUUUGAACACAUAAGAAGUGAAGAUAUGAUAUUUCACAUUCCUGUAAAGCAACUCUCUCAGGACAUUAUCUGUUGUAUGCACUGGAUUAAUUUCUUGUUAUAGCAUUGUUUUAAACUGAAGGGGUUUAACGAACCUGUGCAUAAUGAAACUCCCCAUGAUAUAAUUGUAUUCUGGAUGUGCAAUAUGCAAAGCAAUGUUUUCAAAACUUUGCAGAAUAACUGUGAACAUGCAACCAAUCAAUGUUUUGUACAAACAUCUUCUAAAAUUUAAGUUUAUUUUGCUGUGUUAGGUUGCAAAAUUGACAACUUUUUUUUAAAACUAAAUCUGUUUAACAGUAUUUUAAUGAAGCACUGAUGUGAUUAUGAGAGGCACACUGUUUACAAAGUCUAAGAUUUAGUUUCUUCUGUUAGAAAAAAUGCUCAGCUCUAGAUAUUUAACAUACAGUAAACAUAUUAUACAUUUGAACAUUUUUUAAAUGUUAAGAAAAAAGUAGAGAUUAAAUAUAGUACUACUACAGAGAUUGAUAAAGUGGGUAGAGUUGUAGGUAACACUUUACUAAGGAGAAUUUUGUAACUUUUAAAAUCUGGUGCACUAUUUAUUUUUUGUAAAAACAACUUCUAAAAAAUCACUGAUACCAUUUCAACUUAGUUUUACAAUAAGUAUUUUUGAAAUGUUAUGCUGAUUUCAGUUUUCUUUUGGAACUUUUUUGUUUUGAUUGCCAAAAGCAUAUAGGAACUCAUGUAAAGCGUACAGAACUCAUAAAUUAUACAAAACUCAAAUGUAGAGUAGGAGAAUUAUAUAUGAUAUUCUUUCUUGUGCCAGAGUAUUACAUGCUUCUGACUAAUACAAUAAGGCCUUCUCAUAAUGUUGUACAAUUUACAGGUUACCUCAGGUUUCUAUACUUUGCAAUAAAGCACUGAUAUUUUUAGUUAUAACGUGCAUACCCAAACACUAGCAACAUAUAUGGAAACUCACUGCACUGAUGCUGCUGCUCACUAUUCUAGCAUUGUAACUAGAAUGUUCUGUGGUAAACGACGUAUAAAAGAAAAGGGUUUUGGCUUGUUGUAAAUGAAGUUUAAUCUGACUGACUUAAUUACAAAUGAACUGUAUCUCACACAGUAUAGUUUAUAAUAUCUGUAGUUCGCCUGAUCACACUACCAAUUUCCUCUUUUCAAACACCAGGUCUUUGACCUCAUCAGUGUAUCCAUUAAUAGUUCCACUGGACUCAGUAGGAUUACUCUCCUACAUAAAGUUACUCCGUAUACGUAAAUGUUUGCAGAUCUGGGGCCUAAAAUUGCAGUGUGCAAGUUAGAUGAGUAAAAGUGGGCAGGAUGGAGUCGUCUGGCUAUACCAAAAGAAGGACAAGAGACACUUGAUAUGGUUUUAAUUAGGCUGCAACUUUAUUAUUAGAUGUCCAGGACUACCCAGCAGAUAAGUCUGCAGUGCAGAUAACCCCAUAUUCAUUCAGUAUCGACCUGGGAACUUCCUCUAGCUCCACUCUUUUUCUUUUUUUUUUUUCUCCCCCAUCCAGGGCCCCCAGCCAACCCAUUGAUGGGACUUUACCAUCUCUCCCCUGCUUGAAUGAGGGUUAAGGUUAGCUAUAAGAAAGGGGUUGGCUCCCUGCCGUACCAGUCAUAGGAGCCCCUCUCAGAGAGAGAGACACACACACACACCAGUUCCACUCCUUUAACCAACACCUCCUUUUUAAGUCCUUUACCAAGCUAUUUAUCUGGUCACGGUACCUUCCCUAUGGAGUACCUGCACUGGACAAGUAUGCAAGUUAGAUGAGUAAAAGUGGGCAGGGUGGAGUCAUUCCUUUCACAGUCAGUGAGUGAUUCAGAAGACAGCAGUAGGCAACAAUGGGAAAAGGAGAGGAGGAAGAGUGCAUCCGAAGAAGUGGGCUGUAGCCCACGAAAGCUUAUGCUGAAAUAAAUUUGUUAGUCUCUAAGGUGCCACAAGGACUCCUGUUCUUUUUGCGGAUACAGACUAACACGGCUGCUACUCUGAAACAUAGAAUAGAAUAUUUGUGGGACUGACAAAGGCAUGGAAUACUUGAGGAACAAAGUAUAGAAAGCCCUGCAGAGUUCAUGGGUAAAUGCCAGUAUAAUAGUAAGCAGAUAAUACUUUUUAAAAAAUCUGAAGAUAUAAUUGUGAAAUAUAUUUUCCACUUUUACAAAUAAUAUCCAUUAAGUGUUACCAAACAGUGAAUCAAACCAACUGAAGAAAUAAUGUGUCUUAAAUGGAGAAAAAUCUGAAAGACACCUUUUGAAUAAAGGAUUACAGAAGAUAUUUCCCUCUUCUUGAUGGAGCGGGUCAUCUUGAAAACUUGAGUGGUUUGACUUACUUCCUUAUUUCAAAGAUGAUGGAAAUCUUAAACUGAUUUGCAUUCCAUAGCAUGUGAGACCUUGCCUCUUGUGCCUAGACACUCUGUACAGACACUGUGAACAUACAUAACAGCAUGCUGAUAAUGUAAAAUAACCUGUUAAAAUCAGAUCAAGUAUCAAGGGAAGUAUGAAUGCCUCCUUACUGUAUGAUAUUCAAAUGCUUUUUUAAGAGUCUAGAUAGAUCUACAAAGGUAUAUCAACUUGUAAUGUUUAAUCAUUUUUGUGAUCAAGGCUUUCUGUAUAAAUAUUUUGUAAUAUAAAUUUAUUUUCCUUUUGAUAUUUA